GUAGUUAGGAGCACCACGAUGGCACGCCCAGUAGCGAAAUUGUUUUUCGAGGUUGGCAAGUGGAAGUUUGAGUCCGAGAUAAUCUUCAGCAAUGUAUUUUUAAUCCAGAGAUGACAGACACACAGCCGGAGGAGGAGGAUGACGGAGGGGGAAGUACAAUUGGAGUGGUAAUGCCGACCAGAGACACAUGGUCGAAAAAAGUAGAAUUUAUUCUUGCUGUCGUCGGUUUCGCCGUGGACCUUGGAAACGUCUGGCGGUUUCCUUAUAUCUGUUAUCAGAAUGGCGGAGGUGCAUUCCUCAUCCCGUACUUCACCAUGUACCUGUUCGGAGGACUUCCCCUCUUCUUCAUGGAGCUCGCCCUCGGCCAGUUCCACCGCUCCGGCUGUCUCACAAUCUGGAAGAGGAUAUGCCCCGCGCUCAAGGGAGUCGGCUAUGCUAUCUGCAUUUUGGACGUUUACAUGGGGAUGUACUACAACACAAUCAUCGGUUGGGCCGUUUACUACUUAGUGGCAAGUUUUAGAUCGGAACUACCAUGGACUUCGUGCAACAACAAAUGGAACACGCCCAAUUGUACUCCAAUCUUAAACAUAUCUCAUUCCAACUACUCUGUCAGUCCAGCGAGGGAGUUUUUCGAGAGGAGGGUUUUAGAACAAUACAAAUCAGAAGGUUUCGAGAGGAUGGGGCCCAUCAAGUGGUCUCUAGCUUUAUGCGUAUUGGCCGUCUUCCUCCUUGUUUAUUUUUCAUUGUGGAAAGGAGUUAAGUCUACAGGAAAAGCAGUCUGGGUGACGGCGUUGCUUCCUUACAUUGUUCUGAUGAUCCUCCUAGUCCGUGGCGCAUCGCUGCCAGGGGCUGACAGAGGCAUCACUUACUACCUCACGCCUCAAUGGCAUAAACUCUCGGAUACAAGGGUUUGGAUCGACGCAGCCUCGCAGAUAUUUUUUUCUCUCGGCCCAGGGUUCGGUACUCUGCUCGCCCUCUCCAGCUACAACAAGUUCCACAACAAUUGCUACAGAGACGCCAUCCUCACGUCGACCAUCAACUGCCUCACAUCUUUGCUAGCCGGAUUUGUAAUUUUUUCGGUCCUCGGGUACAUGGCUUACGUCCAAAACACGACAGUCGACAAGGUCGGACUCGAAGGUCCAGGUCUUGUCUUCAUCGUGUAUCCAGAAGCUAUUGCCACCAUGACCGGCAGCGUUUUCUGGUCAAUAAUCUUUUUCUUAAUGCUCAUUACUUUAGGAUUGGACAGCACCUUUGGUGGGAUGGAAGCUAUGAUUACAGCACUGUGCGACGAGUAUCCCAGAUUGCUCGGGAGGAAUAGAGAGUUGUUCGUCGCAGUUCUGCUCAUCGGCGUCUACAUCUGUGCCCUGCCCACUACGACAUACGGUGGUGUCUAUUUAGUCGAUUUCUUGAACGUGUUCGGCCCAGGGCUUGCGAUAUUGUUCGUCGUGUUCGUCGAAGCGGCGGGAGUCUGUUGGAUCUACGGGGUGGACAGGUUUUCAUCCGACAUUGAGCUGAUGCUGGGCCACAAGCCGGGCCUCUUCUGGAGACUGUGUUGGGCGUACAUCAGCCCGAUAUUCCUAUUGGUGAUCUUUGUAGCGUCGCUCGUCAGCUACAAGGAAAUGCUUCCCCACGAAUAUCCUCCUUGGAGUACUGCCGUGGGAUGGUUGCUGACAGCGUCUUCCUUAAUCACAAUACCUAUCUAUAUUGUCUACAUAUUUCUGAAGACGAAAGGUUCAUUUGUAGAGAGAGUCAAGAUCAUCCUUAAACCAGAAGAAGACACGGAGGUGAUACGAGCCAACUACGGCACCGACGGUACACACGUAUGACUUGAAUGGCUGGUGUAAUUUGCUCAUCGAAAAGGAACGAAGCGGAACGGAAAGUGUGUCGUGAGAGGUGGAGGGUAAGCGAUCAGCCAUCUGAGAGGUUUUCGAUCAGCGAGGUGGAGGUCGGAACUGGGCGAACAUGCAGCAAGGGUUGUCGCUCCGCACACCCCUCCGAACCCCGGCCCCGCCUCGUUGACGCUAAUUAUUCGCUUACACCCCCGUUUUUGAGAAACUACCGUAUAUAUUUAAGUGACUGUAGAUCAAAACAUUAAGCUAGUACCGACGAUGAUUUCAAAAAGGGCCCUUUUAUUUAAAAAGAAAAAAAAUGAAAGGCUCUUAUCAAAGUCGAUUUUUAAACUGAAAUGGAACGUAUUUAAAAUAAUGUUUGGUGUAGCUUUACGAAUUAGUGUGGACUAGCCACAAGCUUGGGGACCCGACAGCCACGGGGCUCCCACUAUCGUGCGCACACUCAAGGCAAUUGUUUCAUUACAUUAAAAAAUAUUUAUAAUGAAAAAACUAUAUGUCUAAGUCUAAAAGAAUUUAUAACUAUACUUAAUGUAAGGAAUAUGUGUAAAUGUCGUAGAGAGAUGACUCGAGUAACCAAUCUUAGCUCUAAGACAGUGUUAAGACUGGGCCUGUGCCUAGAGGAAAGCGGCCCCAGCCAUUGCCGCUCUCCGCACACUCUCAAAGACAAUAUUAUAAUCAUUAAAUCAAUUGUUACCUUGUUAUCUACAAUAAAUGUU